AUGGCCAACAUGUUGACGCAUGGGACAUCUAAAUACAAUCGCAAGAAGAGAAGCAAGACAAAGAAGAGAAAGAACCAGCGGAAGAAGAAAAAGAAAGGAAAGAAUGUCAACCAACAGCAGCCAACAAAUGCCAAGAAGUGGAAGGCUGAUAAAUACUUGGAAUUCCCUAGAAGGGUGCCACUGAUUGUGUUUGGUGCUGGUAUGUUUGGCAAAGAUGUGGUGUUGUCGAAACGUGAGGCUGAAGGUCAAUUGAUUGUUGUCACAAUCGAUGAAUUCAAAACCUCAAAAACAUGCAGCCUCUGUUUCUAUGAUGAUAUGUAA